GCCCACCACAGCUUUCCUACAAAAGGGCAAAAUGCUGUCAAUAUUGCGAAAAGCAAGGUUGAAGGAUAAGGAGAUGCGAAUUUUGAUGCUCGGCCUGGACAAUGCCGGCAAGACUACUAUAGUCAAGAAGAUCAUGGGUGAAGAUGUCAAUACAGUCAGCCCAACACUGGGCUUCAUUAUCAAGACUAUUGAUUAUGGCGGAUAUAAGCUUAAUAUCUGGGAUGUUGGUGGCCAGAAGACCCUCAGAUCAUACUGGAGGAACUACUUCGAGAAGACUGAUGCCUUAAUCUGGGUGGUGGAUGCCACUGAUCGACUUCGAAUCGAUGACUGCAGGGAGGAGCUCCAUGGCCUUCUACAGGAAGAGAGACUUUCUGGGGCAAGUUUGCUGGUGUUUGCUAAUAAGACAGAUGUUAAUGGAUGCAUGGAUGAAGCAGAAAUCCAAGAUGGGCUCCAGUUGAAUGCCAUCAAGACGCACAAGUGGCACAUCAUUCGAUGUAGUGCGAUUACGGGUGCGAAUCUUAAAGAAGGUCUUGAAUGGGUUGUGCAAGACGCCAAGGCUCGAUUGUUUCUAUACUAGAAUGCUCUUAUUGGUGGUGGUGGUGGUGUUUUGUUUUGGCUGUUGGUGUGGCUGCUGGUGGACUUGCAGGGAAGCGCGUUCUUCACAAAGCAUCUAGAUGCAUAAACAUUGAGAGCUUCAAGAAAUCUCAAAGAAAAAGGAAGAAAGUAUUGGUAUUGAGUUAACAUUUUUCAAUCAUACCAUCUGCAGUAAUGUUUGGCUUCAUCAAUUCUACAAAAAAUAGCACUACAGGUGGCCGC